UUUUUCUAAUUAUCUUCUUCGAUGAUGCUACUCUGAAAGGCGUCCAAGGUUCCUCGCCGAUGGACUUUCUCUCACUGAGUUUCCCGUCGACGGCUGAGUUUAAAAUUCCAUCUCAUACUUUUCAAGGAUGGAAAUCUGUCAGUGGUUAUUCAGGAAAGAGAUCCGCUAAAUCAAACUAUCCAUGUGUUUUUGCAUAUAAGAAAUCAGUUAAGAAGUUCAGAAUGAAAAAGCAAACGCCAACUAGUGACGAGAAUGCUUCAUCUGCCCUUAAUACUACAGGUUCUGUAAAUGAAUAUAGUGAUGGACAAGAGGAUAAACCACGACUCGUAUUAGAGGAUGAGGAGAUUAUGAACAAAGAUUCAAUUCCAAUUCAAAUUCCAAUUCCAUCCAGGAAUGUUGUGCUGAAAGCUUGCAUAACUACUUCUGGUGCUAUUGCUACUUUGGGUUUUAUAUUUAGACAGAUUUCUCAUGUCGCAUCAGUGGAAGGAUGGCCAGUAUUUGAUUCCUCUACUGAAGUAUCAUUUAACUUUGAGAUGUGGCAUCUUGAGCUGAUAACCGGGCUAGUCAUCCUUGUAUCGUCUUGUAGAUACAUACUGCUUAAAACAUGGCCAGACUUUGCCGAAUCUAGUGAAGCAGCAAACCGGCAGAUCCUCACCUCUCUAGACCCAUUAGAUUACGCAGUUGUUGCAUUUCUUCCUGGAUUAAGUGAGGAACUCUUGUUUCGAGGUGCACUCUUACCACUCUUUGGAACCAGCUUGGGGAGUGUUUCAGCAGUGGCCCUGCUUUUUGGUGUGUUGCACUUGGGCAGCGGACGAAAAUAUUCUUUCGCACUAUGGGCAACAUUUGUGGGGUUGGCUUAUGGUUAUGCGACAAUCAUUUCAUCUAGUGUUAUCGUGCCAAUGGCUUCUCAUGCAAUUAACAAUAUGAUUGGAGCCCUAAUGUGGAGAUACACAUCAGCCACAUCAAAGUAAAAGUAUAUGCUUGGACCUCGACACAAAUUGGUUUGUUAAACAAACUCAUGACCAUGAAGACGUGAGUUGCGCAUUCUACCACUGACCUAUGUAUGUCCACAUUGGUUUAUUUAUAUACACAAGUUUCCUCAAAAUUAUAAAAACUUUCAAAUUUAUCAAUAAAAAAGGAUUUCUAUAGAUUAAUGUCCAUUAUCUUAUAGUAAAACAUAAUUAUACGUACUCACCCUCAAAAUUAUGGAUUAAAUACUAUAUUUUCAAAUUACCUAGAUUAAACUUGUCAAAUUUACAAAUCACUUAAAAACCUACCUUAUAAAAAAUACUUAUAUUGAACAAUCUAUAUUAAUUCAAGUA